GGUGUUACACGUCCGUUAGUCAUUUGGGCAACUGGUAACAUUUUUAUUAAACUCGGGGGGCAUAUGGUGAAUUUAAAAAUUUUCAUAGCGAUUUAAUGAAUAAAAAAACUAACUCAGGGACAUUUGGUGAAAAUCCGUUACAAUUAUUGAAAGAAUUUGGUCAAAUUCUCACAAAAAAAAAAAAGCCCAAUUCAAUUUUUAGGGUUUCAAUUUCUAUGAUUAUUGUUUAAUUUUGAACAAUUAUUCGAUUCCUCUACAUCUCUAAAUUUUUUGAUAAUAGAAUUUUUUUUUUUUUUUUUUUGAAAGAUUGAUAAUUGCAUUAUUGAUUUCAAUAAAUUUUGACAAAUAGUGAAAAGCUGAAAUUAAUCGAAGACUUCACGGAAAAAAAAAAGAAAAAGAAAAAAGAAGUAAGCGGUUGUGAAACAAAGACCCAAGAAAAAACGUCGUCGUUUUACCCAAACAGCAUCCUGCUCCUGCAAUCACGCUCACAGCUCCUUUCCUUCUUUUUCAUUACCAUUAUAAUCAUGAACCCCAAUUUCCCACCAAAUUAUGCUCAACCCCCAAUUUCAUUUCACAAUCAAACAAUCCCAAAUGAAUCAAAUUCAGAUUCUACCCUAUUAAUUCGUCAUCUUCCUGAAGCUAUUCCCUUUGAUAUUCUUUCCCGCCUUUUCUCUCAUUAUGGUGCUCUUGCUGCUCGCCCUUGUACUUCUGCAAGGUUAAAAAACUGUGCAUUUGUGGACUUCAGGGAUGAAAUUGCUGCCUCACAUGCACAACGCCAACUUAAUGGGUUACGAUUUCUUGGCAAAGUCUUGUCAGUGGAGAAGUCUAGUAAGCCUUCAGAGGACAACAAGCAGGUUGGAGGUGAAUCUGAAAAGAAUACACUGAAACCCUUAAAUCAGGAGAACGCACAGAGUAGAGAUGUGCAAGAAGGCUCGAAGUCAGCCAGCCAGCUUGCAGCUGAGCCAAUUGCUGAAAAGCUUGGCAUCAAUUAUCCAUUUCCUCCUCAUAUAGAGUAUGCUUAUCCUCCUCCAGAUGGAAAUAUACUAACCAAUAUUCUUAAUGCUCUUAUUGCUGUUCCUCCCUUUUAUACCCAGGUGUUGCACUUGAUGAACAAAAUGAACAUUCCAGCCCCAUUCCGUAUGGCACUACCCACUCCCCCUUUACCAUCUACACCAGCUCCACCUCCACCACCGUUGCCCUCAGUAACUGAAAAACCUCAUCAAGGAAAUUUGUCUAGUGAUGAGUCAGAAAUGGAAACUUCGGAUGAGGAGGCUGAUAAUGAUGCAGAAGCUCCAAAAAAAAGGAUCAAGCGUGUAGUUAUUGUUGGCCCUGGCAUAGACAAAGAUGUAUCUCAUGAAGCUGUUGGACUUAAACCCGCCACUCUGAUUCCGAAGGAAAUUCCAAUGAUAAAGAAGAAAAACUCUGUAUUACAGAUCAAAAUAGUCCCGAAAAAGGUCCAGCAUGAGGUUCUUACUGAUAAUACAGUCAAAGAGUCUGAAAAGCUGGAGUCUACAGAUAUGCCAUUUGCAACCAUUGACCAAAUAGAAAGCCAGAAAUUACCCCCUGAGGAGAUACUAUCUCUCCCAAUGUUCAAGAACUAUGCUGCUGGAAAUCCUGCCACAGUGCUGUACAUAAAGAACUUGGCAAAAGAUGUGGUUCUGGAUGAUUUUUAUUUCAUUUUUGGGUCAUUGUUUGGGAGCAUUGAUGCUGCUAAAGCUGGUCUUAGUGUGAAAUUAAUGCAGGAAGGAAGAAUGAGGGGGCAAGCAUUUGUGACGUUUCCAUCAGUUGAGUUAGCACACCGUGCUCUGAAUCUAGUAAAUGGCUAUGUCUUCAAGGGCAAGGCAAUGAUUAUCCAGUUUGGCAGAAAUCCAGCAGCUAGCAAAACAAGUUGAAUGUAUUGCUUCUUGGAAUUGGAAGUUUUCUGUACGAUUGGCAAUUUUGGUUACAUUGCACGCAUGAUAACAUAAGCUCAUCUACAUUGGCCAUGGCCCAUGGGACUGGUACUUGAUGAAUGUCUGGCCAUGGGAAACCCUCCUACUCCUCAAGACCGUUGAAAGAAAUAUGGCAAUCAUCAUGAAAAUUGGCUCAUAUUAUCCAAGGCAUUUGAAUUCUGCUCGCAAAAUACGAAGAAAAGGACAUACAAGACAUUUUCAUAAAAACAAGUGUAGAACUGAUUGGUAGCUAGCAUUGGUCCUUGAGUGACUUCACAUAUGUAUAGAUUAUUGUAACAUCCACAGCUCCACCAUAUUUUUAAAGAAAAUUAGGUUUCCUCUUGUGAGGAGGGCUUCCUAAUAUGUGUUCUCUUCGGUUUCUUGUAGUCAAAGCAGCACAACCACUACUGGUGCAAUCCUCCUUCAUCAACAUGAUUCCAAUUCCAUUGUUCUCCAAGGUUGCCAUACACGCAACCCCUUUCAAAAACCAGAAACUACCCGAUUGCAAUUUUAUAUAAAAAUAUUAGUUGUAAUGAAAUUUUGUAAAAAUAUAAGCAUGCUUCAUAAUGAAUAGUUGAAUACUAGCUUUACUAACGU